CGCCUCAUCAUGUCUAACGCGCCUGCGCGGCGGCGUGACGCACCCGGAAGUAGCAUCAUGUCGCUGGAGGAUCCGUUUUUCGUCGUUAAAGGGGAGGUGCAGAAGGCCACGGCGCGUGCACGUAGCCUGUUUGACAGGUGGGAGGAGCUACUGCAGGAGGGAACCCAGGUGAGUCGUGAUGAGCUGGACUGGAGUACCAACGAGCUGCGCAACUGUCUGCGGGCCAUCGACUGGGACCUGGAGGACCUGAGCGAGACCAUCAGUAUCGUGGAGUCAAACCCGGGAAAGUUUCGCCUGGGAGACGAGGAGCUUCAGGAGAGGAAGGACUUUGUGGAAAGAACCAGGAAGUCCGUGCAGGAGAUGAAGGAUCAGUUGUCAAGUCCAUCAGCUGUGGCUCAGGCGGAGAAAAAAAACAAGCAGGCGCUGCUAGCAUCUUCUGUGUCGGAUCGCUCGACGCGACUGGAUGCCCACCUGGUGUCCACCAAUUCCAGAUACAUUCAAGAGCAGCAGGAACAACAGCAGCUGAUCAUGCAGGAGCAGGAUGAUCAUCUGGAGCUUGUGUCCGGAAGCAUCCGAGUGCUCAAAGACAUGUCGGGUCGUAUCGGAGACGAACUGGAUGAGCAGGCCGUCAUGUUGGGGGACUUUGCGGAUGAGAUGGACCAGACGUCGACCCGUAUGGACUCUGUGCUCAAGAAGCUGGAGAAGGUCUCUCACAUGACCAGCAGUCGGCGUCAGUGGUGUGCCAUCGCUGUGCUGGUUGCCAUCUUGAUCGUCGUCCUCAUCCUCUUCUUCGCCCUCUGACCACUCAAUUCCUCACGAUGACCUGCACUCCCAGAGGACCGGCCAUUUUUUACCACUGGACCUGAAGAAGGAAAAACUCCGCUGGCUCGCGAUGUCUGGCAGGGAUCGAACACAUGGGCUGAAGUCAGCAGGGGGAGCUGUGGUGAGCGAGUGCCACACGCUACCACAGGAAGUCCAAGUUUGAGACUAAAGUUAUCACUUUUGUGGGGAAAAAAGAUUUACUAUCAUGGAACACAAACAUACAUUUACGGAUAAUAGUCGGAACGAUGCCAGAAAAGUAAAAGAAUAAGUCGGACUAAAACAGAGACUUUUUCGAGAAUAAAGUCUGAAUUUUUCACAAACGAGUCAUAGUAUUAUGAGAAGAAUAAAAAUUUGAAGUGUUAAUUUUGCAAGAAUAUCUCUGAAUAUUAUGAGAAGUCCAAUUUUUCAAGAAACAAGUCAUAUUAGAUUUUGUUUUUAGAAUAGAGUUGUAAAUCUUGAAAAAAAAGGUGUACAAAUGCAAGAUAAGAACACAUUUUCAAUAGUUGUAAUUUUGCAAGAAAAAGUUCUAAUAUUACAAGAAAAAACUCCCAAAUUAUAGAGAUGAGUCCUCAUUUUGGUAGAAAAAAAAAAUCUAGAUUCUGAGAAAAGAAAUCAUAUUUUGGUGCUUUUGGUUAAGAUGGUCAUAAUUUUGUGAGAAUAAUCUGUAACAUUACGACAAAAAAUCUCAAACUUUAGAGAAUAAAGUUGGAUUUGUUUUCAAUGAAAAAAUGAUAUUACGAGACAAAUUGGUUUUAGAAUAAAGUGGUACAAAUUUUUUUAAAAUGGUUUUUAGUUGUGAGAAAAUCAAGUUCUGUUAUUACUACUACGAUAUUUUCAAGAACAAGUCGGAAUAUUAUAUUAUUGUAUUAUAUAUAUAUUAUUACCAUGAAAAAUGUUGCAAGAAUGUUUAAACAAAUAUGUAAUAUUACAAGAAUCGUCAUAGUAUGAAAAUAAUUGUUUUUAUUUUGCAACAAAAGUUAUUAAUAGGGAAAAAAAAUUAAGGAGAGGGCAAAUUUACAACAAAGUCACAAUAUUAAUAAAAAUGUUUUUACAGUAAAAAAAAAAAUAUUCAGAGAAAAAGAUCUACAUUUUUUUAGAAUAAAGUUUUUUUCUAUUAUGAAAAGACCUGUACUGGUUUAAGGAAAAUUCAGAUUUUAUGAAAAUGGGGCGACACAUCAGGUCGCCUUCAAGUUACGGCGUCUCGUUUAAAUUCAGUGUAUCAAAAAUCUUUAUGAACUUGUUAAAUGUGAUGGUUAUUAUUGACAAUAUUACAAAACACAAAAGGAGUGUUAAAUUGUCCUUGGGAGAUAUUUUUAUUUUCCGUCCUGGAUGCCUUAAAUCUAUUUUUCUACAUUUGUUACGCUCCCGCGCCAGUUGCAGUCGUCAAGUGACGUCACAAUAGUGGGCGUGUCCUCGUGGUUCUUGUGCUUGUUGCCGGGCAGAAUGUCCAAAUUGGAAGCUUUGAGCUUCCCCUGCUGGAGGCCGGCGGUACCGCCAUUUCUUUCAGCACGACUAAGAAGAAGAAGCCAGUUUGAUAUUGUGAUAAAACAUUUCAGUCCUUUUUGUUGAAGGUUGGCAGUCAACCUUCUGCAUCAAUCAGCAAAAUGUAUUUUAUCUUUUUGCAUUAUUAUAGUUUACUUGGUGCUGUUUUGACCAUUUUGAAUGUUUGAAAUGGAAAAACGUGAGCAUCGUCAUGA